AUGCCGUCCGUCAAGCCUACGAAGCCACAUAUAAUGGCUCUUUGUAAUAAAGUUAAGGCCCGACAGGCCGGUUUGGAAAAAAGCUGGGACAACGAGUCUAACAAGGAGACCGAGAGUCCUGCUGAAAAGAUGGCCGAGAAGAGCACAAAUCAAGUUUCAAAGCCCAGCAGAAAACGAGCGGCCGACUCAUCUAGUUUGCCGAAAACCGAUAAGACAGUCCCAGUGCCUCCGAAAGUUCCGAAGAUCGAGAAAAUCAUCAAUAUAACUGUUAAUCCAAUAAGCCAAGAGGAGACAGAUUCAGCUGUUCAAGGACUUCUGGAAGCGGAGGAACGAGAGGAGAGAAUUGUGGCAGAGUACGGAGAGUACAUCCCGAAGAGAUGGUAG